AUGAAACGUGACGAAAUGGACUACAGAGGUCAAAGUGAGAUCUUGUUCUUCUACGAAAAACCAGCUGGUGAAGUCAAGAAGAUUGUCGAGGAACUCGGUCCAUGUGUGAACAAUCUUUGUCCAGAAACUUAUCAGUGCAACGACAACAUUUGUAUUCGACCUAUGACAAGAGCACGGGCCGAUUUGGACCCGAUUGGUCCGUGUGUGAACGAUACAUGCCCGGAUCGUCACGUCGUUUUCGUUUUACAGAUGAGUUUGUUCGGCAGUAAACCGCUGUUUGGAUCGACGGGCACAACUGGUACCUCGUCUGGUUUCACUUUUGGAUCCACUGCUGCAACUACUUCAGCCCCUUCGCUUUUCGGUACAACCACAACGACUUCAGCUCCUUCGCUUUUCGGUACAACCACAACGACUUCAGCUCCUUCGCUUUUCGGUUCAACCACAACGACUUCAGCCCCUUCACUUUUCGGCUCAGCUACAACGACUACGUCCACAUCGAAGCCAUUAUUUGGCAGCGUUCCACAGUCGGGUACGGCAACGUCACUUUUCGGAACGACGACGACAACCUCUAGUAGUCUUUUUGGCACAAAAACCGUGACAACGACUGCUGGGGGAGCAAUAACGACAGGCUUUGGUAGUACUGGGGGAACUGGUCUUUUCGGCUCAAAGCCUAUGACUGGUGGAUUAUUUGGGUCUACUCUCGCAGCACAGCCCGCUGUGGAAACCAAGCAAACAUUUCAAGGGAUUCUACAGGACUCUGAUGCACUUGUUCGAUCCCUAACAAAAGUCGAGUUGUUUGGUGAUGAACGUGAUGAGAUGAUUGCCAAGUUAAACCAGUUAGCUGCUGCUAUGGGAGUUGGUUGCGGUUACUAUAAAGAUGGUCAGCAACCAGUACAGUACUCUCAACUUGGACCAUUUCAUCGAAUAAAGACGUUUGAGAAUAUCUUUGAAAAAACAAGCAUAGAAAGGGAGAUUUCAAUGAAAAUGAUCUGUGUUGAUUUUCAAAAAUGGGGGUUCACUGUCGGCAUAGGGUAUAAUCGAACAUCGGAGUACACCGAAUCUGAUGGCAUUGUCGCUCUUGUUGUCAAGGCUCCAUUUUCCGAAUAUCGGACCAGCGAACAGAAGCAAAAAUUUGUUGAUGUGCUUUUUGUUAUCCUUGGGAGUAAGCCUACUGUACACGCACACAUUGAAAGCGUCAGAGCCCUUCCUGAUAACUGCACUGAGAUAUGUAUCUAUGUAACUGAAAAGUUCCGAGGCCGAAUAACGAGCAGAGAAUUGUCGCAGUAUCUUAAUCAAGCUCCGCAAAAGCAGCAGCUAGAAUCUCAACUUAAAGUUGAUAAAGAGAGAAUUGUCUCUCGUGUACAAAUGGACAAGCGACAAAAGGAACUUUAUCUAAAAGAUCCUCCCACAGGUUUCGAUGCUUCACUGUGGGCACAGGCUGUUCGAGAAAAUCCAGAUCCUGAACGACUUGUUCCGUAUCCGAUUCGUGGUUUCGAGCAAUUGCGAUCCCGGCAGAAAGUCCUUAUCGAAAAUGUGCACGCGCAGAAUGCAGUAGUGGAUUCUAUGAAUUCAAAAAUCGGUCGGAUUGAAUCGAACGUCUCAGCUGUUGCUGUGCACUUUGCUCGGCAAAAGGUUAUACAAAAACAGCUUUCGCAUCGACUUCUCAGGUAUAUUGCAAGCGUUGAUUUGUUAAAUUUCGAUGACUCUUGA